GUGGGCGAGCUGGCGGAGGACGCGGGGCUGACGCCGGCGCAGCUCUCGGCUCGCCGCGCCCGCCUGGUGUCGGAGGACGGCCGGCAGCAUUUUGCCUUAGAGCGCGGCUCCGGCCGCCUGCUCGUGGCGGGGAGGCUGGACCGGGAGGAGCUGUGCGGCCAGUCCGCCACCUGCAUGCUCCCCUUCGAGCUGCUGCUCUCCAACCCCCUGCAGUUCUUUCGGGUCGAGGUGGCUCUGGAGGAUAUCAAUGACCAUUCACCUGUUUUCCGAGGAGAUCGAGUAAUAUUUAGGGUCCCUGAAACGAGCAACCCUGGUUCAUGUUUCCCGUUGGAGGUGGCUCGGGACCUCGAUAUUGGCAGUAACACAGUCCGGACUUACAGCAUCUCUCCCAAGAACGAAUAUUUCGGUGUCUCCUAUGGAAGUCGCAGUAAUGGAGACAAAUAUCUUGAACUUGUUUUGGACAAGUCACUAGAUAGGGAGGAAAGGGCAGAGAUGAGUUUCAGUGUUAUUGCUGUGGAUGGUGGCUCUCCUCCCAGAAGUGGCACCAUCGAGAUCUCUGUUGUCAUUAUGGAUGUAAAUGACAAUGCUCCCACAUUCAAACAGGACCGUUAUAUUGGGAAGGUUCUGGAGAAUAUGCCAGAAGGUUCUGUGGUUCUGCAAGUGCUGGCAACAGAUCAGGAUGCAGGUGUCUAUGGGGAAAUUUCCUACCAACUAAGUGAAGCUGCGGACCAGAGUGUCUCAAUAUUUGUGAUUGAUCCCAUAACGGGUGAAAUUAAAAUCACAAAACCGCUGGACUUUGAGGCAGUACAAAGUCACGAACUGAGUGUAACAGCCACAGAUGGAGGGGGACUCUCAGCCAUCUGCAAAGUGCUGGUGGAGGUGGUGGAUGUGAAUGACAAUGCCCCAGAGGUGGUGGUCAGCUCCUUCAGCAGUCCCCUCCCCGAGGACACAGCCCCCGGCACGGUGGUUGCCCUGUUUACGGUCAGGGACCGGGAUUCUGGGGCCAACGGGAAGAUCUCGUGUGGCCUCGAGGAUCAGCUCUUCUUCUCGCUGCGGCCAGCCUAUAAGAAUUACUAUGAGCUGGUGACAGUGAGCGCGCUGGACCGCGAGGAGACGGCUCGCUACAUCCUCAGGGUGACGGCGGCAGACGCGGGGUCGCCUCCUCUGACGAGCACGCAGACCUUCACCGUGGAC